GCAAACUUUUCUUCCUUUUUUUUAUUAUUUUUCGAUCAUGUUAAAAGCCUUUUGUCAGUCUUCUUUUCGUUCUUUAACUACGUUGACAAAAGACCGAGGUAUUAUCAAACUCUUUGAACCUUUACAGCAAUACGCACCUGUAUUUUAUACACAAGGAGAGAACAUAAAACCUCUUUAUCAACCUACUGACUUUUAUUCGCAACUCAAAGCAAAUAUAUUAUCUGCUAAAGAACGAGUGUUUAUUGCAGCUCUUUAUAUCGGACAAAGUGAACAAGAAUUAGUGGACACAAUACGCACUGCACUCGAAAAGACACCCACAUUAAAAGUGAGUGUAUUGAUUGACUGUUUGCGUGGUACGCGUGUCUCUAAAGGACAAAGCUCGGCCACUUUACUGUUGCCUCUUGUUCGAGACUUUCCUGAUCAAAUCAACAUUGCUAUGUACCAUACACCUGAUUUAAACGGUAUACUGAAAAAGACAUUGCCACCGCGGUUUAAUGAGAGCAUUGGUUUAAUGCAUUUAAAAGUAUAUGGAUUUGACAAUUCUGUCAUGUUGAGUGGAGCCAAUCUUAGUACAGACUAUUUUACCAAUCGUCAAGACCGUUAUAUGAUGUUUAAUAAUCAACCUCACCUAAGUGCUUACUAUCACGAUCUUGUCAAGUUAAUAUCGAAUUGCUCUUAUCAGCUCAGUACCAAUUCAAAAGAUCAACCGUAUGCAUUAGUACGAACCCAAGGUAUGGCAGAUCCAGUCAACGAGAGCCAAAAAUAUAAGCAACAAGUGAAUGAACAACUUGUCAAAUUUAUGGAAGAUGCUUAUCAAACCUCUUCUCAUCAACAACCACCUUGCUCCGAUACAGUUGUUCUGCCUGUCAUUCAGAUGGGACCUUUUUAUGUUCGACAAGAUGAACGCCUUACAUUGGCUUUACUUAAUUUAGCCAACCAUUAUCCAGUUAAAUGGACCAUUCAUUUGACUUCAGGUUAUUUCAACUUUACAGAAAAAUACAAGCAAGUGAUUUUACAGACCAAGGCUCGGUUUCGAUUCUUGACAGCUUCACCUGAAGCCAAUGGAUUCUUUAAUUCCAAAGGUGUUUCGAGAUUUUUACCACCUGCCUAUACCUUUAUUGAACGCCAAUUUUACCGCCAAGUGAAGAAAGCAGGUCGACAAGACGAUAUUUCAAUUGAAGAAUACAAAAGAGAAGGUUGGACCUAUCAUGCUAAGGGCUUAUGGGUCUCUACGGAUCAAAAGUGGCCAUCUGCUACCAUGAUUGGUUCUCCUAAUUUUGGUCAAAGAUCCAGUGAACGUGAUCUAGAAGCACAGGCCCUUGUUGUCACCGAGAACCUUGAAUUAAGAAAAGCAUUGUACAAGGAAGUGGAUUUACUACACCAACAUUCAGAAGUAGUGUCCAAUCAGACUUUUGAUAAAAUAGACAGAAAAGUGCCAAAUGGUGUCAAGAUUGCAACUGCUUUUGUAAAGACAAUGUUGUAAAUUAGAAUAGACACGUUUUUUAAUCCCUACACGUGGAUGUAUUGUUCCACACAAUGUCUUUUUGUAUUUAUAUAUAUAUAUAUAUAUUUUUUUUGUAUGUACGGCCUAGGAAAUAAGCGCGUACUACC